AUGAUGAAGAAAGCUUUAAUGUUUCUGUCACUAUUUGUUCUUUUUGCAUUACCAUUAUGCGGCCAUGCGAAGGAAUUCCAGAAGACAUGUUCGAACCUUCCUCCACUGAUCUCAUCUCACAGCUUCCGAUACGCAAUCUCCACAAACGACUCUCUCCGAGCCGAAUCAAUGACGGCUCACUACAGCCACGUUCAUGAUCAUCAUCGCCAUCAUGAACCGGGUUGGGCCGACCCGCUUCCGAGACCUAGAAAGAUGAUCGAAGAAUACAGAAAGAUCCAGAAGGACGGCGAAUAUUCCCUUCCCAAAGGUGUUCUCAAACCAGUGUCGCUUCACGACGUGAAGUUGAACCCAGAUUCACAUCAUCACACUGCUCAGAACACCAAUCUUGAGUAUAUUUUGAUGCUUGACGUGGACAGAUUGCUGUGGAGCUUCAGAAAAACUGCUGGUUUGCCCACUGUUGGUGAUCCUUAUGGAGGCUGGGAGGCUCCGUAUAUUGAGCUUCGGGGUCAUUUUGUUGGUCAUUAUUUGAGUGCGACGGCGCAUAUGUGGGCGAGCACUCACAAUGAAGCAGUGAAGGAGAAUAUGGAUGCGCUUGUUGGGAAUCUUUCUCUGUGUCAGAAGAAAAUGAACACAGGAUAUCUCUCUGCUUUUCCAACCGACUUGUUCGAUCGUGUUGAGGCUCUCGAAUUUGCGUGGGCUCCUUACUACACUGUUCACAAGACAAUGGCGGGGCUGUUGGAUCAAUACACGUUUGGGGAGAACGAGGAGGCUCUGAGGAUGGUGACGUGGAUGGCGGAUUACUUCUACGACAGAGUGGUGAAGUUUGUGGAGAAGCACACACUGCCAAGGUUCUACGAAGUACUCAACUUUGAAUAUGGAGGGAUGAACGAUGUGCUUUACAGGAUUUACAACUUCACUGGCAAAUCUAAGUAUCGCACCUUGGCUCACUUGUUUGACAAGCCUUGCUUUUUUGGCCCACUCGCAACUAAGUCGGAUGAGCUGCCGGGUCUUCAUGCUAAUACUCACUUGGCUAUCGUUAUUGGAGGUCAAAUGCGGUACGAGCUUGUGGGUGACCCGCUUUAUAAGGAAUUGACCACAUAUUUUUUGGACCUUGUUAACUCUUCACACGCAUUUGCAACUGGAGGCACAUCUCAGUCUGAGCAUUGGCAAAAUCCAGACAGAAUAGGUGACCUUCUGAAAUCUGACACCGAAGAGUCAUGUUCAUCUUACAACAUGUUGAAGGUUGCUCGCAAUCUAUAUAGAUGGACAAGAGAUGCAUCAUAUGCAGAUUAUUAUGAGAGAACACUAACAAAUGGAGUGUUGAGCAUACAAAGGGGGACAGAACCUGGGGUUAUGAUCUACAUGUUCCCACAAGGUCGUGGUGUUUCUAAGGCUGUUUCUCCUCAUGGUUGGGGUCUUAAGUUUGACUCGUUUUGGUGUUGCUAUGGAACUGGCAUCGAAUCUUUCUCUAAGUUAGGAGAUUCUAUUUAUUUCGAAGAGGACGAUGUCGUAGCCAACAAAGAUCCUUCUCUUUAUAUUGCUCAGUACAUCUCAAGUACUUUCAAUUGGAAAGCUGCUAACUUUCUCCUCAAUAUGACUGUCUCUACUUAUUCUUCUUAUGAUCCUUUUGUUCGUGUUACCUUCACAUUUUCUCCACACCAGGGAGAAGGCCGCUCUUCUACAUUAAACCUUCGUGUGCCGACAUGGACGAACGUGAAUGACACCAAUGCUUUACUCAACAACAAGCCUUUGAAACAGCGUGUUAAUGGAGGGUCAUAUUUGACAAUAACAAGAAGGUGGAGCGCCAGUGACAAUCUCACCCUCAUCUUCCCAAUCACCCCAAGAUUGGAACGCAUAAAAGAUAACAGGCCGGAAUAUGACAAUGUUCAUGCGAUCCUAUACGGACCAUUCCUUCUCGUGAGUCACACUGUCGGGAAUGAAUGGGAACUCCAAGUUUCUGAUCUGAACAAGAAACCAGAAGAUUACUUGACUGCAAUCCCAGCCUCUAACCAUAGCCAUCUCUUCACAUUCUCUCAAGACCUUGAAACCUCAAGCUUCGUGUUGACCAACCUUAACGUCACCGACAACAAGACACUGACCACGGAGAAAUUACCUCAGAUUGGCACCAUCAGAGCCACCCAUGCAACAUUUAACCUUGUCUUGCUUGAUAAUGAUGAUGAUGAUGAUGAUAAUAAAGCCCCAUUAUUAAUUCAAGGUAUUAAUGAUGUUCUUGACAAGCGUGUCUUGCUCGAACCGGUUCAUCUUCCUGGGAGACACUUGAUGCAUCAAGGAGCAGAAAAACCUUUGCUGCUCUCGAACACUUCUGCUAAUGGUUCAGAUUAUCAGUCUUCACAGUUCAGAGUGGUUCAUGGGUUAGAUGGAAGAAACGGCAGCGUUUCGAUUGAAUCAGUGAGCAAUAAGGGUUGUUUCUUGUACAGUGGUGUGGAUUAUAGUGAAGGUGAAGAAGUGAAGCUGAAGUGCAAGUCUGGUUCAUCUGAUAUUAAUGGUACAGCAACGUUGUUCAACAAGGCUGUCUCUUUUGUGGCCGGAAAGGGACUUAAAGAGUAUCAUCCAAUUAGCUUCAUUGCUAAGGGGUUAAGUAGGAGUUAUCUCAUGGAGCCCAUUCACUCCUUCGCAGAUGAUAUUUACACCGCUUACCUUGAUAUUCAUGCUUGAUUGAUUUUUUUUUUUUUGG